AUGAUCUACGAGCAAUAUUUUGCAGUCGAAAACGGCUACCUGUACGACGCUGAGCUCGAAAAGCUUACGCAGGCUGAUAAUUCGCCUAUAUCGCUGUCUCUCUCUCGUACAUACAGUGUAUACCGCGCUACUCAACUGACUCAUACAUCGCCAAAGCCUUGGGUCAUUCCCGAUCCCCUCGAGCUGAAGCGAUUAGCAAACAUUGUCGAUGUUGAACCCACGCUACCGUUCUACGAACCCAACACGAAGUACACCUACUCUGCGGCUUCCAUUGCGCUUCGCUUCCUUCGCACGCUGCCAGACGCUUUGCGUAGUAAGAUAAGAAGCGUUACACUGCUCGAAGACCGCGAAUCUGUGGCGUAUGCGAAGUGUCAUGGAAGAGGGUUCAUUGGUCUGUGUCAGUCCAACCCAAAGCUUCGCGUCAAGCGCGUUGUCAGUCUUUGGCAGAACGCGUUUCCAAUCACGCCCGAGAAGAAGAUGGACUACAUCUUAGCAAGCCAGUACCCAGAGUACAUGUACAAUGUCGUCAGCGAUUCUUUGCUGUCCAAGCACAUAUCAAAAGCUCUCGGCGCAUGGAUGGCGGAAGCCCUGGCUUUGUCUAGCCUUGGGAUGCCGGACGGCUCAUUUCGGCUUGUCUUCGAAGGCGAGCCUACUUCACCGGAUACACCCACAGCCGAUGCAUUCAGGGUAGUGCAACGAGAUGUCGCUUGGCAAUGUGCCCUGGACACCGCCUACUCUCGUGGUAUGUUGCCAAAACCAUCUUGGCGGGAGCGCCGGCUCCAGGUUACAUAUCUAUACGAGGGUCUCUCGGGUAUCAUCGACAACUUGGCGAAAGAGAAUGCUCUCUUCAGUUGCAACUUCGAAUUAGGCCCUUCAUAUGAUAUUGAAAAGCUGUUGGAGGAGCAUAGCACCUGGACUGCACAAGAUUGGGAGCGCAAUUGGGACGCGCACGAACAGGAAGGAUUCGAUACUGCAGCCCCAUUACCACCAUGGCAUAUGCUUCGACUGCACCGUAUCUUUGACUAG